AUGCAUUUCCCACUUAUUCUUGCCUGUGUACUGGCUCUCGCAUGCAUAUCCACAGCAGCAAUCGACGUCUGUGCUGCCGCAAACGGAGAACGUGCUCCAAAGGCCGAAAAACCAGGCCGCUCAAGCUUCGCUAUUCUCAUCGAACCCUUACGAAAAGUCAUCGAUGUCUUCUUCCGUCGUCGAGAUCUGGAAGCAACCAACGAGCAGGUGGCUCAUCAGCCUUGGACUAUCAACACCUAUCCUACCUAUGCCCAUCAGGACGCUAACGGGAACUGGACCGUACAUGUCCACGGCAACAUACACAAACGUCAACCCUAUGGUGAGACGGAGCUCAAUGACAUACUUGUCGGCUUCUUGCCUCGUGCCAAACUCCAGUACAGCAACUUGAAGUUCUGGGAAGGCAACUACCACAUCUUGAACUCCACCGAACUCGACAUGGGAAGGCCCUUAGCUCAUGACAUUGCCUCGUAUCCUUUGGAGGAUACAACCAUUGGUGCCUUCAUGGAAGCCUGCGACGAGGGCUCCAUUCUUCCAAUCUCGAGCAAUGAGGAAGGCUCAUUCUACGGCACCAUCACCGUAUCCGCCGAGUGUGCUCCGUCUUUCGACAAAAACAUCAGUCACAUCCCAGUCCGCGACAUCACUCUUGUUCCUUGCAACCUUCGUGUCGAAAAGGACAAGGACGUCCAGAAUACCGCAGACGUCUUGUUCGUUCCUCCAAGAGGCGUCACCAUCAUCGCCGACGUCGACGAUACGAUACGUGAGAUGAAUACUUGGAACCCGAAGCAAGCAUUACUCAACGUCUUCGUCCGGCCGUUCAGACCAUGGAGAGACAUGCCUGAAGUGUUGAGAAAUCUCAAGCAACGCAUCGAGGCUGAAGGUCAGAAUGUCCACAUCCAUUACCUUACGGACGCCCCCGAACCCAUUGCACGCUCCUACUUCCAAAACAUGACCGAGUUCUUCCCCUAUGGCUCAUUCGACUUCCGUCCAAUGAACUUCACUUCAACCAGACAGAUGAUCGCGGCCCGUGAGCACAAUCUUAUAAGGCUCAUGGAGAGCUUCCCUGAGCGAAGAUUCAUCUCUAUUGGCGACACUGCCAACUCUAUGGAAAGAUUUCCAUCGGACAUGAAUCGCUUCUACCCUCGGAUCCAAUGCCUCAUCGUCCGAGAUGUGCAGGCGACCGAGCCUUCGGACUGGCUCACUCCGGACACGCGGAAGUUCUUGGAUCUAGCCGACACUGAGUAUCUUUUCUUCCGAGUACCAGGAGACCUCAACCGGCUCUCAGGAAAGCAUCUGGCGGCUCUUUCACCACCAAGAGGUGACAACGUGACUCGGACAUACGGCUGUUUCGACACAGAGCAAAUGCUUGAGCAAGGAUUGGAGCCUAGCGAUGCAAGCCACACCAGGAUCAAGAGCUACCUGACGGCGGCAUGGUGGAACAUCAAGUGUACUCUGAUCUUGUCAGCUUGGAGGCCCAAUCACAAGUGUCCUCUGGAUCGCAUUGCAGGUACGGAAUACUGGGAUGGCCAGAUCGAGGAAGAAAUUGAGAUGGAGCCCCUCACCGAUCACAUGCCUGUCAACGAGUGGUACACGCUGGGUGGUGAUCUUGACGACUCAAAGCCUCAACAUGAGGAGCCAAAGCCUGUGCCAGGAGUGGAGGAUGAACCCAAGGAGAAGAAGAAGCCCAAGGAGGAGAAGACAGAAUCAGAGGAUGAGAAGCCCGAGAAAGAGAAGACAGAGUCAGAGGAUGACGAGCCCAAGAAGAAGAAGCCAGAGAAGGAGAAGAGCGAAUCGGAGGACGAUGAGCCCAAGAAGCCGAAAUUCAAGGAGGAUCCCCCACACGAAGAAGACGAUCCUUACGACGAGGAUGAGGAUGAUGAACCCGAAACGACGAAGCCCAAGGAGGAUCCUUCAUAUAAAGAAGGCGAUCCUUAUGACGAGGAGGAAGAUGAUGAACCCAAGCAGAAGACCGAGGAGGAAGACGAUGAGCCCGAGGAGAAAAAGCCCAACAAGGAUUCUAAGAAAGAAGUAGAAGAAGAAGAAGAUCCCUACUGGCUCGACGAGAAGCAUGAGGAGGAGGAACUCGAUGAUGACAAGCCCAGGAGCAAUCCCAAGAAGGAGACCGAGUCAGACAAGGUGAACCGUUACGACCAAACGGACAAGGAAGAAACGGAUUCUGAUCAGACCGAGGUCGAGUCGACCCAUAACGAGAUUUCAAGCACUGAGGAUAGUGACGAAGAGAGUCAUGACGAACUUUGA